AUGGCAGACCAAAUAACCGAAGCCUCCCUCAAAGAGGCCCUGACCAGUCGCCUCACGGCAGUCCACGUCGAGGUCACGGACAUGUCCGGUACUACCACCCCUUCCACCGCUCAACCCCCUCGAGACCGUGGCUGCGGCCAAUCCUUCACAUCCCUCAUCAUAUCUCCCCAGUUCGAAAAGCAGUCCUCCCUCAAGCGUCACCGACUUGUCAACGCCGCACUCAAGGAGGAGAUCGCCCGCAUCCAUGCCUGGAGCGCCAAGUGCCAAACGCCCGCCGAGUGGGAGCGCGAUCGCGCCGCUUCGGGCGUGAGCGAUGGGCCGCCCCUCGAUGGUACGGUCGGCGGCAAGGUGGACGGCGUGAGCGGAUAG